AAUACAAAUUUAUAAUUUUAUUUUAAGAAAUCCACGAUUUUUAUACAACAGCUACAUAACCAAAAAAAGAGAAAAAAAAAAAUUGUUAUUGCAUGGAAGAUCAAAUGGCCCAUAGCGAGAGAGUUUUCAGUGCCUUACAAUCCCAAGCGAAGGAACGAGCGCCCCUCAUCCCACGUCACCUUUGGGCCUCAAACUGCCAACACAGUGUCCAAACGCGCAGAAAAGAAAAGCAGCAGAGAUGCUGAGCAGAGCAGCGACAGCGGCUUCUCAUUCCCUCAUUGUUGCUUCUUCCACCGAAAAUUUAGAGCUAGCAGAUAUUUAUCUUGCAGGCUUCCUUGACAGAAGGGUUAUAUGGAAAGGAGACAAACUCAUAGAUGGCGUUCCAGAAACGCUUGAUAUGCUUCGAUCAAAGGGAAAGCGAUUAGUUUUUGUUACCAACAAUUCGACGAAGUCGAGGAAGCAGUAUGGAAAAAAGUUUGAGACACUUGGUCUUAAUGUUACUGAGGAAGAAAUUUUUGCAUCAUCUUUUGCUGCUGCUGCGUACUUGAAGUCCAUCGAUUUCCCAAAAGAGAAGAAGGUUUAUGUGAUUGGUGAGGAUGGCAUCUUGAAAGAGCUUGAACUCGCUGGAUAUCGGUACCUUGGUGGACCGGAUGAUGGUGGGAAGAAGAUAGAUCUAAAGCCAGGCUUUCUGAUGGAGCACCCAUUUUCAUACCCUAAUCUAACUCGGGUGGGAGCCGUAGUGGUCGGAUUUGAUCGAUACUUCAACUACUACAAAGUUCAGUAUGGAACACUCUGCAUACGGGAAAACCCGGGCUGCCUCUUCAUUGCAACUAACCGUGAUGCUGUCACGCAUCUAACAGAUGCGCAGGAGUGGGCAGGUGGUGGUUCAAUGGUUGGUGCUCUUUGCGGAUCAACCCAACGUGAGCCAUUGGUUGUUGGGAAGCCCUCAACUUUCAUGAUGGACUACUUAGCAAACAAGUUUGGGAUUGAGAAGUCACAAAUAUGCAUGGUUGGAGAUAGAUUAGAUACUGAUAUUCUUUUUGGACAGAAUGGUAGUUGCAAGACUCUUCUUGUUUUAUCAGGUGUUACAAGCUUGUCAACACUUCAAAGUCCCAAGAACUCAAUACAAACAGAUUUCUACACCAACAAGAUUUCAGAUUUCCUCUCCCUCAAAGCUGCCACUGUAUGAGUUCUUCAUAAAGACCCGAACGUCGAACGUCGAAAAGUCCCGAGUUUAAACUUUGAGCUCUAUUAGCCAAAUUGAAUGAAUUUGUUCAUUUUAUUUCGUGGAACUUCUCGAAAUAUACGUGUUGUAAGGUAGCUCAUUUUUAA